AUGAACACUCCCCAAAUAAUCACCCUCGUUUUGUUGCUUCCAAUUUUCCUCCUCAAACCAAUAUCUUCUAAAGCACAUGCAGAUCCAAACCGAGCAGCCAAAACGUUGUUGAAAUGGAAAAACACUUUAUCAACAAUACCCCGACCUCUAGAUAUUACAUGGACGAGAAAGAACACCAUUAACUUGUGCACUUGGUAUGGGAUUAUUUGCGAUAGUAAUCAGUUGGUUAUCGCUCUUAACCUAACCAAUGCUGGUAUCACUGGAACUCUGGCUCAUUUCGAUUUCAUCUCAUUAUCCUCCCUCCAAAUUCUAGACCUCAACGGAAACGAGUUCAGCGGCUCCAUACCACAAAAUAUUGGCAAUCUGCCCAACCUCACUUCCUUAAUCCUCAGCAACAAUAAUUUCACCAAUGCCAUUCCGCCCCAGAUUGGAAAACUAUCCAAUCUGCAGAAUUUAACUUUCUUCAACAACAAUUUGACCGGGGAUAUCCCUUUAGAGGUCACCUACCUCCAGAACCUGGUGUACCUCGAUUUUAGCGGCAACUAUCUCAAUGGCUUUAAUAAGAAAUUAUCUGAAACCAGUGGUUUCCCUUCCUUAACCUAUUUUAGCGCCUCCCUAAACGAACUCACUUCCGAAUUCCCGCAUUUCAUACUAAACAGUAAGAAUCUCACAUUUCUCGAUCUUUCUCAAAACCACCUCACUGGUGGUAUACCGACUCUCUUAGGUCAACUUACAGAACUAGAGUAUUUAGACCUUUGGUCAAACAGUUUCAGUGGGGGAAUUCCUUCCGAGCUCGGGCAGUGCACUAAUCUGGCCUACUUAUCACUUGACAGGAAUUCCCUUUCCGGGACUCUGCCCAUGUCCCUGUCAAAAUUAAUCAACUUAUCCGUGUUGGGAUUAUCCGAAAACAACUUAUCCGGCCCUGUAUCCAAUUUCCUCGCCUCGUGGACCAAACUAAUAUCCUUACGGCUCAACAAAAAUCGUUUCACAGGGAAAAUCCCACCCCAGAUAGGCCUCCUCACAAAUCUCAACCUUUUGGCACUCAAUAAUAAUAAUUUUACGGGCCAUAUACCGCAACAAAUAGGGAAUUUGAUAAAUCUGACACAGUUAAUCCUCGCGGUAAACUUUCUGUCGGGCAACAUACCUCAGUCAAUAGGGAACCUGAAAAGCCUCUCGACCCUCGAUUUGGUUGGCAACAAACUCAGUGGGAAUAUUCCUGCCCAGAUUGGGCAACUCAAGUCCCUCCAAUUCCUUUUGCUCAGCAACAACAUGCUGACAGGGACCCUUCCCAACUCCAUCUCCAACCUCCAAAAUCUGGUACGAGUGCGUCUCGACGGAAAUAAUUUUAAGGGAAAUAUUCCGGAUGGUUUUGGCGCACUUGAGCAGCUCGAGUUCUUAAGCCUGAGCAAGAAUCAAUUCACCGGCCAGAUCCCGUCCACAUGGGCCCUCAACUCACGCAUCACCGAUUUUCUGCUCAAUGAUAACAAAAUCUCUGGACCUAUUCCAUCCGAUCUAGGGAAUCUCAAGGAACUGCGUGUCCUCAACUUGAGCUCCAACAGACUAACGGGGAAUAUCCCGGCCGAGCUCAAGAAUCUGAACCAGCUUUUUUAUCUCGAUAGUAGCAACAACCAUUUGAGCGGAAAAAUCCCUGGGGAGGUCGGGCAACUAACAGCACUCCAGUUUCUUCUUUUGUCACAUAAUAAAUUGGCGGGGAUUGUUCCAGAGGAAAUCGGGAAUCUGAAUCGCUUGCUGAGCUUGAACUUGGGCUAUAACCGUUUAACAGGUGAAGUACCGGAUUCAAUUGGCAACUUGAAUAGUGCCGAGUAUUUGAUAGACCUGAGUAAUAAUUUGCUGUCGGGGGCCAUCAAGCCGUCAUUUGGAGGGCUGACCAACUUGGAAAGGCUGGACCUGUCGGGCAACAAAUUUACGGGCAAAAUUCCACCAAAUCUGUGCGAAAUGGUUGCUGUAAAUGAUUCCGAUUUUUCUGGCAACAAGCUGUCGGGAGUGGUGCCCGACCCGUAUGGUCUCGUUGCAGUAGUCAGUGGACACGCUAGGUGCAACUUACGUUAA